UCUGCGAAAAUACUGUCAGAAUUUUGACGUAUUUCGAUUUAAAGAAUUUUAGGACAAGUCUUUCAGUUAGAAUGGAGAACUUUUACGAUUAUUAUUGUAAACAUGUGACAGACCCCUGGAUAUUCCACGCCAAAAAGCUAUAUAAUGAAAAAGUUAAAACAGAUUCAUACGAAAUCGACUUACAAUCAAGACCCUUCGAUAAUGACAUACGAAAACCUAAAUUGGACUUCUUCCUAUCGCAUCAUAACAGAUUUGGAUAUGACGAACAUCUACCUUGGAUCACUGAGACGCAAGAUAUGCUGUCACAGAUCCACAGAGCUGAAGAAAUUCCAAAUACAAACAAAAAAUUGUUGGGGUACUAUACAUACCACGACCAAGAGGAAAUCAAACUAGGGAAAUGUCCUUCACCCUACGCCAUCAGUGAGUACAUCACAACGAUGCAAAAUUCUUACAAACCUCAACGAGGGUACAUAACUGAAAGAUUGGUUAUGGCCCAAACUCCUUUCUUCGUGAACCGUCGAUUCAAGAUAUUGAAUCCUAGGGAGAGCCGAAAUCAGUUUUAUGAUGAUGAUCAUCUGGAAGAGGUUGCAUUGCUGCAUGAAUACAAGCCACCUCGUCAACUUUCAUACAAUUUUAUGACUGGAUGUAUGAGUGAUGGGACUGCUGUACCGAAAAAUCUGUACACCAUAAUAUAAACGCUUAUUUGUUGUUCAGAGUCAAUAAACAUCUUCCAGAAAUCAUA